AUGUCUCCUACCACCGGCACCACGAUCGUGCAGCCGCCAUCGCACGUCCUCCUCGAAGAAUCGUGCGACUGGAAACUGCAGCGCAAGCUCAAACACCAUCAGCGCGACGUCGGCCGCCGCACGGCUGAAAGCCGCGCCGAACCGCGGUUCAAGCACCACGAGCACCACCGCGUCAAUGUCAUGCGUCUUGAAAAGGCUGCGUGGCUGCCUGUGCCCACCAAGAGCGCGUGUCGUUCGAUUACCGAGCAGCUCCGCUCGACGCGCAGCUUGCAGCUGAGUCGCUCAGGUCCAUCUGCAACGUCGUGGCCCCCAGCACUCCUAGCAGCUACUGAUGAACCUUCUGAAGCCAUGGAAAGCCUGACCACCGUCUCGCUCGCAUCAUCGGCGCCGUCGACUGCGUCGUUUGCAGGGGACUCGGACGAUUAUCGACGCGGAGCGCGUCAUAUGACGCUAUUCGAGAGCGCUCGUAUCUUUAACGAAUCGGGACGGAUGUUGAGCCAUGACGAGUUUGGUGGGCAGACGUCGUCGCCCGAGGUGAGUAGCGACGGGACGUCGAAGCGCAAGUUCAAGCGUCGAGGCGGACGACGGAAGCACGAGAGUGUGCGGACAACGGCGGUGGCUGAACUCAGUAUCGACGAAGUGGUGCUGGAGCUCCUGUUUGGAUUGUUCCCUGAUGUGGAAGUGACGCAGGAACUGAAUCGACUGCUGCUUGGCGGUGCGCAACACGAGGAUGUUUUCCACUUUGACGACGACGACGAUAUGGUCGAUGUCCAAGUGGUGGGCAAAGUCAAGGGUGGAGUGCUGGACAUUGACCUGCUAAAGUUUCAAGCUGCACUGACGAGCAUGCUCUGUAGCUCGAACGGGACAAUGCAGGAACUGCCACCAUGCGGCACAGCUGCCAAGAGGUUACAGGAGAGGUACUUUACACCACACUGGAUCGCACACGAAAUGCUGGCAACAGUGAAGCUCAGCGUCCUUGCCCAGUACGACCGAUUCGCAGUGAUGAGUGCGAUCUUUUGCUCGAUGCCAGCGUUGCGGUCGUGCGUGCUUGCUGCAGCAGUGUCGACGUCCCUUGCAAUCUUCCAGCACCAAAGUUUACUCGAGAGUGCCCACGCCUGCUCGUCUGGUAAGGAUCUUGUCACUGCCAAGGGCAUUCUUGCGUUUUUGAAAGCAGCAUUGGAUGUCGUCGAACGGGACGCACGUUAUAACGUGGAGGUGUUUGGCAGCAAUAACGACCAAAUUCGCGACAACAUCGAAGGGUUUUGCAGCCAGAUCAUGCGUGCGCUCCAACUCCUUGUUAGAAGCUCACAUGGGGGCAAUGACAACGCUGAUUCCAACCGCAACCGACUCGAGGUGUAUCUGGUAUCCAGUGACUCAGCGGAAGCAACGACGUACCGCGCUAUGGGAGAGUUAAUGAAUCGAGUCGCCGCAUUCUCUCCGAUGCACGGCGAAGAGUUCAUUCGCUGGAUGUCAAUGAAGUGGCCCCGGCACAACGUCCACCUGCAGUUGUUCUUUGUGCGAUUCACUGGCGGUCUGCUGCUGCAGUUCAUGCAGCUCGGCCUCAACCUCUCUGCAGCAGUCGUGCGUCGAGUCUUCACGUGCAUCGAGGCCUGCAUCCAGUCGACGCACUUUUUGGUGGCACAGGAAGCGUGCAACUUGUGCGGGAACUUCCAGCUCAUGAGUCUGUAUCUCUCGCGUGACCAGGUGCUGCGGGAGAAGAUUGCGUCGGCCUUGCACGCGAAUGCCAUCUCUCAUUGGAACAAGCGCAUUCGAGAGAUCUCGGACGAGUGCUUCGAUAGGUUGCUCGAUUUGGCAUGA